UAAGAUUAUCCAAAUUUUACAUCGGUUUUUUUACAAUAUUUUAAUUAUAAAUAGUUAAUAUUUAUUACAUUAUACACUACAAAGCAAUCCCAUACAUCGUAAAGAAAUAAGCGUUUGUCAGUUUUAAAUAAUUAAAUGAAAUGUCUUUAAUGCACCACUCUUUAUUUGAACAAAAAUAGUAGUUUAUCUAUCGGGUGCGAUCGUGUUCAACCCUUUAACGCUUUUGGGCGUUUCCCCCACUUUGCGGCCUGUCAAGAGGGUGGCGCGUAUCUGCGUUAAUGUGUAUCCGUGAGCUCUGGCGAGCAGUACCGUGCAUAUAAUGAAGUCCUCACAAUUAAAGAUAAGAAUUAAAAAAGAAAAAAAAAUUAUGAUCAAUUCAUAAUUAAAAAAAAAAAAGAGGGUUGAAUUUAAUUUUCUUUUAAAACUUGAAAUAAUUUGUUAUAUUUAAAAUAAUUAAAAAAAUAAAAUCAUUGAAAACAUUAGAAUAACAUAUGAAAGGGCACUAAAGAAACCCACCACAUGAGUGAAUUUCGGUAAUGACCGAGACUGAGUCUCGUAAACUGAGGUAGUGGGAACUGUGAGCGCACGCUGUAGGCAAUCCCCACUUUGGCGCCGCAGGUACGAUUUUGUCCGACCUUGCCGUUAAAAGGUUAAGACGCGAGGUGUGAAGAUUGGUGCCCGAGCCGAAGGCGAGCGUCAGACUCGAUUUUAAAAAAUAGUGAAAAUGUAAAGAAGAGGGAAAUGAUAGCUCGAGUUAUAAACGUGACACCAGUUAAAAAACGGUUUAUAAUCGUAUUAUUAGUCAUAUUAAUUCCAUACGUGAUUUUGAGUGUUGUUUCAUUUCCGGAUGUAACGGAAGAGACUGUAUUGCAAAAUAAAAUAGCUGAAUUACAAGUUAAAUUAGAAAAUUUACAAACCAAGCACAUAUCCUCUCAAGAAGAUGUCAAUUUAUUAACUCAUCAUUUGCUAUCUUUAAGUAAAAGUGCCCAAAGCCUACCGAAUUUCCAAUUACUAAUUAAUAAUGAAGAUUUGAAUACAACAGCUGUCAAAUUGCCAUCAAUUUAUAGUUUUUUGCCCCAUUUUCUCAAUGAUCCGAAUAGUUUAAGACCAGCUUUUCUUCAAAGUAAAGGGAGAAUAGGAGUGAACAUGGUACUCGGCAUUCCUACAGUGAGAAGAGAUGUCCAAAAUUAUUUACUAGCAACUUUAAAAAAUUUAGUUGAAUGUAUGGAUUCUAAUGAAGCUUCAGAUACACUAAUUAUUGUAUUUGUAGCUGAAAUAGAUGUUGAUUACGUCUCUUAUGUUGCUAAACAAAUUGAAAUUCAAUUUCCACGGGAAUCUGAGAGUGGUCUUAUUGAGAUAAUAUCACCAUCACCAUCGUACUAUCCUGAUUUUUCCAAAGUAAGAGAUACUCUUGGGGAUAGUCAUCAACGUGUUGUUUGGAGAUCGAAACAAAAUUUAGAUUUUGCUUUUUUAAUGUCUUACGCUCACUCUAAAGGAACUUUCUACAUUCAAUUAGAAGAUGAUAUUUUAGCAAAAAAAAAUUUCAUUACAAUAAUGAAAUCAUAUGCACUACAGAAAAUAAGCCGCAAAGAAAAUUGGUUUAUUCUUGAUUUUUGUCAACUAGGGUUUAUCGGUAAACUCUUUAAAUGUGUGGACUUACCUUGGUUAAUUCAAUUUUUCCUCAUGUUUUACAGUGAUAAACCUGUUGAUUGGUUACUAGAUCAUUUAAUAUCGACUAAAAUUUGUAGCUUAGAUAAAGACAGUAAAAAUUGUAAAAUGGCGAAAGCAGAAUUAUGGUUACAUUAUAAGCCUUCCUUAUUUCAACACAUAGGCAUUCAUUCUUCUUUGAAGGGAAAAAUGCAAAAAUUGAAGGAUAAACAAUUUGGUAAAUCAACGCUCUUUUAUGCUCACGAUAAUCCUCGUGCGAUAGUUGAAUCUGAAAUCAAAGUUUACAAACACUAUACUUUGGAUAAAGCAUACAGAGGUGAAUCAUUUUACUGGGGCCUUCUACCUCAAGCAGGAGAUCAUCUUAAAUUUAAAUUUUUACAUCCUAUACAUAUAAAGAAAUACCUAUUCAAAAGUGGUAACGUGGAACAUCCAUUAGAUAAAUUUUAUAAUACUACAGUUGAAAUUUUACCCGAGUUUCAAAAUUUUGAGAAUUACAAGAACUAUACUAUGACAGAAGAUGGAUAUACUCUAAUAGGUGAGUUUGAUAGCAAUGGAAUCGCCCAAGGAACGCUUGGUUAUAAAUUAGGAAAAAUAAGGGAGUUCCGAUUGACUGUUCACAGUGAAAGUGGAAAUUGGGCGAUUCUGUCUGAGAUUCAUAUUUUAGAAGAUGAACAAAGAUGAUACGUUGCAUAAUUCGGAAAUCGUUAAGUAUGCAUGAAUCUUUACUGAGUACUAGGGUUGCAAAUAGCGUAUUAAAUUUAUAAUUGCAUUAGUGCUUCAAUUCAAUUUUUUUUUUAUAUUUCAUAAUCCAGAAACAAUAAAUUAAAAAUAACUAUUUUAUUUUUAAUCCAAUAUCUGUGAAUUAAAAAUUAAAUUUCAAAUUUUAAAUUCGUAGAGUAGCAUUAAAAUGUAAUUGCUUAGAUUAUAAUUCUACGUUUUUAAAUAAUACAUUGAAUAAAAAAUUUUAAUUAGGAAAACCAGAUUAAAAAAUAACUUUCUAAUCUCUAAUUACAUAUUUAAUAACCCACGGGUCAAAUUAUGAACUAAUUUUAUAAUUUUUAGUUCCAUUUGCCUGAGUAAAAAUUAGUUUUUUGACUUUUAAUCCCACGUGCCGAGUUAAAUAUUCUUUUUUAAAUUGUGAAUCUCACGUACCUGGAUUGAAAUUAAUUUUUUAAUAUUAAAUCUUACGUUUCUGAAUUAAAAUUAAUUGUUUAAUUUUUCAUUUCAAGUUGUUGAAUUAAAAUUUAAUUUCAUAAUUUUAAUCGAUAUAAUUUCAACUAUGGAUUAAAAAUUUAAUUUUAAAUUGUAAACAUUCUCGUUAAAGAAUUCGCAACCCUGCUGAGUACUACCAUUUCGAUUCGCAUUGUAGGAUUUUACAUUUAAUUAGUUGAUUACUGUCGUGUAUGAAAAUUAUUCUCAUAUAACACGAAGAAUUAACUUAUUAAGAUAAUAAAACCAGCGAUUACUACGUUUUUAAUUUUGAGUGUUUCUAAAUUAAAAAAGAAAGGUGUUAAAAAUCUAUAUCAAUUGUUGGCUAUUGAAAAAUUAUUCGUAUUAUUAACACUACCUAAAUAAAUUAAACGAGUCAAUAAAUUUUUUAAAUUCAAAGCUCGUAUAAAUAUUUCAUUUCUUAAAGAAAUUGUUGUAUAUAAAAAUAAAGAAAAAUGUCUUUAGC